GGAGGCUGAUGCGCACGGGCGAAUCAGAGACAGAACUGUGCGCUUCCACAGGCCGUCCCCGUGGGUUUUAGACAGGCGCGAGUCCGCAAUCUGCAUCAUGAACGGAGGUGAGCCUGUCAGGUGGCCCUUUGGUCGCCCUCUCGCCGCGACGCGACCCGUCCGGAAUGGAGACGGUGCAUGUGCAUCCGGGCCUUGUGACGACGGGAACGUCCUACAGGCAUCUCGCCGUCCCCCGAUCUACCCAAGGACUAGCGGGGUCUCUCAGGCUGCAGGAACCAUCCUUCACUUGCAAACGCGCCCACUCGCGUCUCGCCUCCCACACCGCGCAUAAGAGCCUCCGGCGACGGCUCUCACCCCCGCGUUUCCCCACACCUUCCCCGCCUUCGCAGGUGCCUACUGUCCCCGCCCCCGCACUCGCACUCGCACCGCCAAGGUGAGAUGGCACAGCCCGAGAAAGUCGGCCAUGGGCCCGAGCAUGUCGAGGACGCGAAGAGCAUCGAGAAGGGCGCGCCGCCCGCGUACAGCAACUUGACAGCGCUCGCGCACGCGGCAGCGACGGAGAAGGCGUAUACGCCGUUCCAGGCGGUCCAGGUGUACUGGCAGGCGACGCUUUGGUGUCUGUUCAUGUGCAUGGGCGCGCUGCUGUGGGGUUAUGACUCUCAAGUCGGAGGCGGUCUGCUCAGCGUACCCUCUUUUCGUCGCGACUUCGGGUUUCAAAGUGGGGGUCAAGGAGAUUACAUCCUAACGGCGCAAUGGCAAAGUGCCUUCAACAGUGUCAGUUCCGUUGGCGGAAUGUUCGGUGGCCUGUCACUAGGCUACGUCUCUGAUAAGCUCGGACGGCGAGGCGCAGUGGCUGUCUGCUGCAUCGUUUCCAUCACCGGCAUCUUCAUCCAGUUCUUCACCUACCCGCACAGGAAUGCGCAGCUCGUCAUCGGCAAACUCAUCAAUGGAUUUUCUUUGGGAAUGUACGUCUCGGGAGCAAGCUCAUACUGCGCUGAAGUGUCGCCCCUGGCGCUGCGUGGCAUCACGACGUCAUCUGUAAACUUGUGGAUCGUUCUCGGUCAAUUGAUGUCGAACGGUGUCAUCGAAGGCACAGGCAACUGGACGUCGGCGUACGCAUACCGUUUGCCCUUCGCGCUGCAAUGGAUCUUCCCCGUCCUCCUCCUGAUCGGUCUCCCCUUCGCGCCCGAGUCGCCCUGGUGGCUCGUGCGCAAGGGCCGCAAGGACGACGCGCGCAACAUCCUCGUUCGCCUCUCUAACGGCACCUCCAACGUCGACCUGCAGCUCCAGCAGAUCCAGGACACGAUUGCGCUUGAGGACAGCUUUGCGGCGAACUCGACGUAUGCGGACUGCUUCCGAGGGGUGAACGGUAGGCGCACGAUGAUUGCGUGUAUGGUGUUUGUGUUGCAGCAAGCGGCAGGCGUUGUCUUCGUGCUCGGCUACAGCACCUACUUCUUUGAGCUCGCCGGUUUUGCGGACAACAACGCCUUCCGGCUCGGCGUCGGCGUGACAGGCAUUGGUGUGGCAGGCAACCUGAUCAACUUCUAUACAGUCAACAAGGUCGGCCGGCGGUCGAUGUUCAACUGGACGAUGUUCGCGAGCACGAUUGUGCUCUUCCUGAUUGGCUUCCUCGCCAUCCCCUCGAACAACCAGAGCGCGAAGUGGGCGAUGGCGUCCUUCACGAUCAUCUACAACUUCAUCUACCAGCUCGGAUUGGGCCCGCUCGGAUACGUGAUCUUCGCCGAAGUCUCCUCCGCAAAGCUGCGUUCCAAGACAGUCGGCAUCGGCAUCCUUGUCAACUCGCUGUGCGGCAUGGUCAUGAAUAUCGUCAUCCCCUACCUAGUGACCCCGAACGAAGCGAACCUCGGGGGGAAGGUCGGCUUCAUCUUCGGUGGGCUUUGCGCAAUCGGGACGCUGUGGGGCUACUUGUACAUCCCCGAGACGAAGAACCGGACCGUCGACGAGUUGGACACGAUGUUCGAGCGCAGAAUCCCACCGCGCAAAUUCGGGUCGUAUACGAUCGUGGAGGAGGACAUGUCAACGGAGGAGGUCGCGAGCUCAUGAUGUACGACGUGUUGAGGCUUUUGCGUCGCAUGGACAUGAAUAGCUUGCCCUCACUGACAUGGCCUCUCUGAGUGUUAUAUUGUAAGUACGCCUGUAACGAACAUGACCGCGGUGUGUGAUGCUUGGUGCCUGCUCGUUUUCCUACCUUUUAGGGACCGCAUAAAUUAGGUUUGGGACUAAUACUGUCUACAUGUAGCAAUAAUGCGUCUGUUAUCGAGUUUUCCGGUUGCAAGUGCCGUCUUGUACCAUGACUAGGCAGAACGUCAGUCAGUGGAUUGCUUCAAUAUGAGGUUCUGCGUACCGGGCCGAUUUUCAAGGAGAGUUUCGAAGCUCUCGAAGUUCUGCAUGGUGUCGGGCUCGAUGGACUGUAGGUAUAUAUGACUGGAGGACCAUUAGCUCGAAGUACCGCCGUAGGUUCUGCAG